AUGGGGGAGAAAAAAGACCUGCAUCUGACAUGGGAAAGAAACCCAAAACUCCCAAGAAGAAGAAAAAGAAGGAUCCUAAUGAGCCACAAAAACCUGUUUCUGCCUAUGCAUUAUUUUUCCGAGACACUCAAGCAGCUAUUAAGGGCCAAAAUCCAAAUGCUACUUUUGGUGAAGUUUCUAAAAUUGUAGCAUCUAUGUGGGAUGGCUUGGGAGAAGAGCAAAAGCAGGUAUAUAAAAAGAAAACUGAAGCUGCUAAGAAAGAAUAUCUGAAGCAGUUAGCUGCAUAUAGAGCAAGCCUUGUAUCAAAGAGCUACAAUGAGCCUGUGGAUGUUAAGGUAUCCCAGCAACCUCAGAUGAUGAGCCCAAAGCAGCCAGUAUUCCAUGCAUCCACACAGCCUCAUUCAGCAAUGUACUUAGGUUCCCAUUACCACCAACAAACAGGAAUGAAUCCUCAUAUAACAGCCAUACAUCCCAAUAUUCCAAGGAAUAUAGCACCUAAGCCUAACAACCAAAUGCCAGUGACUGUUUCAAUAGCCAACUUGGCUGUAACUCCUCCACCAGCUCUUCAGAUGAGUCCUCCAAUUCAUCCACAUCUCAGUAUACAACAACAUCAGUCACUCACGAUGCAGCAAUCCCUUGGAAAUCAGCUGCCAAUGCAAGUGCAGUCUGCUAUACAUUCACCAACAAUGCAACAAGUAAGUUCUUGUCGAAUUUUAAGCUGUUACCCCCCUCAAAAUAUGUUAUGAAUAACUUAUUUUAUUUACAUAAUCAUCUUAUGUAGUUAAAUUAGGAAACUCGGCACAUGAGCACUUCCUAUUGACCUUUGUUAGAUGACAUUUGCAUCCUGAAGUAAAGUAUAAAAUAUAGUUGUAGAGAAAGAAUUGUUGUGAUCUAUAACUAUAGGUGUACAGACUAUUCCGCAAGCAAUGACCCUAAUUGUGGAGAGUAUAGGUUUGCUUGCAAGAAAGAAUUAUAACAUGACAUCAUUUCAGAAAUAUCAGUGGGAGGGAAUUUAUUGGACAUGUUCAUAUGG